UGCCUUCCGCGCAGCCUCCGCUCAUACUCGCUUUUGCUUGCUCUGCCCUGGCAGUUGGCAAUUUUAUGGGAGCUGUUUUAUCUCUCCAGAACAAGUAAGAUUGACUAGAGACGAUCGUAGUCUUAAAGGAGCUAUUUAUAACACGGUUCCGGUCACUUUUCCUGAGUGGGAAGUUCACAUCACGUUCAGGGUGCAUGGGGCUACAGGGAAGCUAUUCGGAGACGGAUUUGCGUUCUGGUACACCAGGGAUUUCUUAUCCCCUGGUGAUGCCUUCGGAAGUCAAGCCAAAUUUUAUGGAUUAGGGGUAUUUUUUGAUACAUAUAGCAACCAUAAUGGCGAACAUAAACACGAUCAUCCAUAUAUUAGUGCAAUGGUCGAUGAUGGAACUUCAUUAUAUGAUCACAACCGCGAUGGUACGCAUACACAGCUUGCCGGUUGUUCAUCUAACUUUCGGAACCUUCCUCAAGAUGCGGUAGCUGCUAUUAGAUACUCGAGGAAGCAGCUUAGGGUUUCUGUUGAUUUGGACAAUUCUGGAAAGUGGCGAGAUUGCUUCACAGCUUAUAAUGUCAAUUUGCCUACUAAUUUAUACUUUGGACUCUCGGCAGCAACUGGAGACCUGUCAGAUAACCACGAUAUUCGCUCAAUGAAAGUCUAUGAACUUGAGGGAGAACAGGACACUGUCGAUCAUUCUAAGAUCGUACCUUAUGCUGGAGGUCUCGAGAAAGCACUGGGUGAGUCUUAA